AUGAAGAACUCACUGUAUUGUAGCAACGUAAAGACACUCAGACCUCUAGGUCAGGGGUUUCUGACUUUUUUGUGUGUCACAGACUCCUUUGGCCAUCUGGUGAAGCCUAGGGACGCCUUCUCGGAUUAUUUCCCAACCUUUUACUAUGAAAAAUUUUCUAAUGUACAGAAAAAAUUUUACACCAAACACCUGGCUUGUUCAUUAACAUCUUACUAUGCCUGCUUUAUCACAUAUUUUUCCAGCUAUCAAUCCACCAGCUUGUUUUUAUUUUUUAUUCUUUUUUUAAUUUUUCUUUCUUUUUAA